AUCAUAUAAUUCUAAUAUAAUUCCAUUUUUUUACUGAGGUGUUACUAUCAUUUUCUAAAAUAAUGUAUACACAUUAACAACAACCUUAUUCUAAAAGAGGAUUUAGAGAAUUCCCUGCCAGUCCAGUGGUUAGGACUCUUGAGCUUCCACUGCAGGGGGCGCAGAUCAAACUAAGAUGUUGCAAGCCACGAGGCAUGGCCACAAAUAAAUAAAUAAAUAAAUAAAAAGAAUAAAAGAGGAUUUAAUAGGAGAAUUCCAGGAACUAUGAGAGGGCUGCUUAUAUAUUAGGUUUGUAUAAUAUAUAUAAAUAUAUGAUUAUAAAUAUAUAUAAUAUUAUUAUAUUAGGUUGAAUUACAUGAAAUUAUCAUUUUGUUAGGUUAAAAAAAGGGCAGAUAUCGGCAAUUUCAUGGAGUUUAACCGAAUGCUUUUGGGGAUAGGGAUUCAAAGGAGUGUUAGGGAGCCUUUGGGGCCUCUGACACUCUGCAAAAGCCUGGCCCAUCCCUCACAGUGUUCGGGGAGAAAAGGCUCUUCAAGUCCCUUGAAGCAUCUCAGAGCUACUCUUGUUGUUAGUCGUGUUGUCGGUAAGAGCUACUUCCCAGCAGGUUUGUGCCUCCAACCAGAAGAGAGAGAUUGAGCCAGCAUUUCACAGCUGUGGUGGAAAGGAAGGGCAGAAAGGGAGGACACUGGAAGUAAUAACCCAGUUGAUCAGCUAGGAAGAGGCAUCCUGGAGUGUUGGUGCCACUAUGCCUUUACUGGUACCACUGUACUCUUCCUACUUUAUGCCCUUUCCUUACUGUCUAGUACAAGCUCAGCAAACCUGGGUAUCUGCAGUUGCCCAGGAGGUGAUUAGUAAGCUGAGUUUUCCUCUGUAACUCUGUUAUAAGAAAAACAAUAGCACAAGUGCAAUGACAUGACAACUAAAAUCUGCUAUCGGUGUGAGGGAGAGGGCAGGGGCCUGAGUCUAAGGUGAACUGGAGAGCAUAUGCCUUAUCUAAAGGGGGCAGACACUGUUUCACUGCAGCCUGUUGUCGCCUUGUGGGAAUGUGGGUCAGGGGUCACUAGAUAUGCUGAUUAUCCAAAGGAGCCAGAAAUAUGAAUUUUUAUAUGUAUUUUGCCAAUGGUAAAUGUUGGCACCUAACUUAAGUUCUUAAAAACCAUCGUAUAGGCCACACAACGAUUGAAAAGAACCCGCAGGCUACAUUUGUAACCUCUGGCCAAGGGUUUAGAUCUGCCAGGAGUGAGGCCCACAUGCAUUUCUUCAUUAUGCAUUGCUGACAAGCUACUAAUGACCAAAAUGAAUUAGCUCCUGCCUUUGAGGAACUCACAAAUUAGUGGAGAAGAUAGACAAAUAGUAAUGAUAAGAUGUAACAUAGACAUUCUCUCUACACAUUAAAUAUAAAUUUAUAUAUAUUGUAUAUAUGGCUAUAAAACUGAUAAAUUAUUCCUGGAUACAUCUGGGAGGACCUGAUAGGAAGUGGCAUUAGAGCCAGGAUGUAGAAGAUCAACAGUUUGGUGCAUUAAAGGGACAUGGGGCCCCUGAAACUCCCACUGUGUGUGCAAAUGUUACAUUGGCAUUCGCUGCAUAUGCCAUUUUCUUCAGAUUAUGAGACUGGUGCUGCCAAGAAGGCAGCUCGAAUAGACCAUUUUCUUGAUAGGUAGCUGGAAAUACAGAUACUCCUCAAACCUGAUGAUGGGUGUCUCAGGGCUGAUAAGGUGAGAGAACUCUACCCCCCUCCUCUGCCCCCAGGUUAUGGUGCGUUUUAGAGGCCUAAGAAACUCAGAGGUCGUGGAGCUGGGCACCCUCAUUUUUGCAUGAGGAGCCUGAGGAAGUGGCGUGCUCGAGGUCCUAGAGCUCCUUAGAGACAGAACUUGGACUAGCACCCCAAACCCUUGAUCAUCUUGCCUUCCCGUCUCCUGGGUGUCUCUGAAGUCACUGGUUAGGCUGGCCUCCCUCACCUGCCCCCAUUGCCCUGUGCUGGCCCAUCUCCUGGUGGAUGAGGAGGGUUUGCCAUCCUGCUGAAGCUGGCUCCUUCUUCCCUCUGUUUUUUGGUUCCCCUGCCUGAAAUGCCUGCUACUCUCUGUCAGAGAGUCAGAUUGCUUGUAUUACAAAUCCCUAGUCAACCAAAUGCCAACUGUAUGAACUAGGACAAAUUGUUUAACCCUUCUGAUUUCUCAGCUAAGGCUUAGCCUUCGUAAGCCUCAGUUUCCUCAUCCAUGUGUAAAGUUAAAAUAGUACCAAUGCUGAAGUAUGAUAGGAAAGCAUUGGAAGGUUUCAAGAUUCUUGUGAUGCCAAAACGACAUGGUAUGUGUAAAGCACUUCAAGUGACUGACCCAUAGAAACACUUAACAAGUAUUAAUUAUGAUGAUGAUGAUUCACACUGUUCGCAGCCCCACAGGUUGGGUUAAAUGUCCUUCUUUUGUCUUCCCAUACUAUCCUGUGAUGCCUCUGUUAUUACUGCACAGACCACAUUGUAUUGUAGUUGUGUCCAUCUCCCCUGCUAGCCUAAAAUCACCUUCAGUGAUUCAUUCAGCAGAUGUUUAUUAGGCACUGUGCCAGGCACUAGGGACGCAAUGGUAAACUAGGAGCUCUUGGUCGAGUGCAGAGUUACAAAAGUCAUGCCAGGAAACACUAGUCCUGUGAACUUGUGUCAUGGUCCAAUAAAUUUGGGAAAUGAUGCUCAUCACGUUCCCCCCCCCUUUAGAGAUUAGGUCCAUCUUAGUAUUUGAAAAGCUUUGAGGAGGACUGUACUUUGUCCAACCCAAUUUUACAGAACUUAAUGAGUAUUUGCUGAAUAAAUUUGAGUCAUCUAGGGAGUUCUUUCAACUCCACUGUGUGCUUUAGUCCCCAGCUCAAGAGGAGGUCCAAGGGACACAGCAAUGAUUAGAGAGCCUGCUGGGAGCGAACAGCCUCUGGCUGCAUAGGGAUCUGUGGACUUACUGUCUGGUGCCCCCAUGGAGACAGGGGGCCCUGGGUUGAACAAUAUGAAGCCCCGGUCACUGCAGCUGGUGCUGGAGGAGCAAGUGCUGGCGCUACAGCAGCAGAUGGCAGAGAACCAAGCAGCUUCCUGGCGGAAGCUGAAGAGUUCCCAGGAGGCUCAGCAAAGGCAAGCAACCCUCGUGAGGAAGCUGCAGGCCAAGGUGUUGCAGUACCGGAGUUGGUGCCAAGAGCUGGAGAAGCGGCUGGAAGCCACUGGGGGACCGGUCCCUCAGAGGUGGGAAAGUGUGGAGGAGCCAAACCUGGAACAGCUGCUAACCCGAUUGGAGGAGGAGCAACAGAGGUGUGAGAGUCUAGCGGAGGUGAACACCCAGCUUCGGCUGCACAUGGAAAAAGCUGACGUGGUGAAUAAAGCGCUUCGGGAAGAUGUGGAAAAAUUGACAGUAGACUGGAGCCGGGCCCGGGAUGAGCUAAUGAGGAAGGAGAGCCAGUGGCAGAUGGAGCAGGAGUUCUUCAAGGGCUACCUGAAAGGGGAGCAUGGUCGCCUUCUCAGUCUGUGGCGGGAGGUGGUGACCUUCCGUCGCCACUUCCUGGAAAUGAAGUCAGCCACUGACAGAGACCUGACGGAGCUCAAGGCUGAGCAUGUGAGGCUUUCAGGUUCCCUGUUGACCUGUUGUCUGCACCUGACUGUGGGAGCACCACAGUCCCGGGAAUCUGAUGGAUCUGGGAGACUGAAUGGGAGCGAGCCAUCCCAGUUGAUGCUGCUACUAGCCAGGACCCAGGAGCUGGAGAAGGAAGCCCAUGAAAGGAGUCAGGAGUUAACACAGCUGAAGAGUCAAGGGCAUCUGGAGAAGGCUGACCUUCAGGAUCGGGUGACCGAGCUCUCUGCUCUACUGACGCAGUCUCAGAAGCAAAAUGAAGAUUAUGAAAAGAUGGUAAAGGCUCUGAGAGAGACGAUGGAGAUCCUGGAGGCAAAUCACGCAGAAUUAAUGGAACACGAGGCAUCUCUAAGUAGGAAUGCCCAAGAAGAGAAGCUGUCUUUACAGCAAAUGAUCAAGGACAUAACCCAGGCCAUGGUAGAAGAGGAGGACAAUAUGGCCCAAGCCUCUGGUCAUGAGAGCUCCUUGGAGUUGGACCCUAGUGGCUUCUCCUCCCAGUUUGAUUCCCAGCAGCCAGACAAGGCUCUUUCUCUGGUGCGUUCAGUGCUGACUCAGAGACGCCAGGCUGUGCAGGACCUAAGGCAGCAGCUGUCAGGCUGCCAGGAAGCUGUGAGCUCCUUGCAGCAGCAGCAUCAUCAGUGGGAGGAGGAGGGUGAGGCCCUGAGACAGCGGCUACAGCAGCUCACCGGGGAGCGGGACACUCUGGCAGGGCAGACUGUGGACCUGCAGGGGGAGGUGGACUCUCUCAGCAGGGAGCGAGAGCUCCUGCAGAAGACCAGGGAGGAGCUGCAGCAGCAGCUGGAGGUGCUGGAGCAGGAGGCGUGGCGACUGCGGAGGACAAACAUGGAGCUUCAGCUGCAGGGCGACUGUGCUCAGGGCGAGAAGGAGGAGCAGCAGGAGGAGCUGCACCUGGCCAUCCGUGAACGGGAGCGCCUUCAGGAGACGCUGGCGGGCCUAGAAGCCAAACAGUCAGAGUCGCUCAGUGAAGUGAUCACCCUUCGGGAAGCUCUGGAGUCCAGUCGCCUGGAAGGGGAGUUGCUGAGACAAGAGCAAACAGAAGUGACCGCCGCACUGGCCAGGGCAGAACAGUCUAUUGUGGAGCUGUCGAGUUCUGAGAACAGCCUGAAGGCUGAGGUAGCUGAUCUUCGGGCUGCAGCUGUCAAACUCAGUGCCUUAAAUGAGGCUUUGGCCUUAGAUAAAGUUGGGCUGAACCAGCAGCUUCUCCAGUUAGAACAGGAGAACCAGUCUGUGUGCAGGAGGAUGGAAGCAGCAGAGCAGGCGAGAAACACUUUGCAGGUGGGCCUGACAGAGGCCGAGAGGAACAAGGAAGCCCUGUGGGAAAAGAACACCCACCUGGAGGCUCAGCUGCAGAAAGCGGAGGAGACCAGGGCUGAGCUGCAGGCAGAUCUCAGGGGCAUGCAAGAUGAGAAGGAAGAAAUUCAAGAGAAACUAAGCGAGGCACAUCACCAGCAGGAGGCAGCCUUAGCUCGGGUGGAGCAGCUGCAUCAGGAGGCAAAGCGACAGGAAGAGGCGCUUGCCCGGGAAGUCCAGGAGAAGGAGGCUCUAGCGCGGGAAAAGGCGGCUCUUGAGGUGCGGCUGCAGGCUGUGGAGCGGGACCUGCAGGACCUCUCUGAACAACUGCGGGGGCUCAGCUCAGCCAAGGAGCUACUGGAGAGCAGUCUGUUUGAGGCCCAGCAACAAAAUUCUCUGAUAGAGGUCACCAAGGGGCAGCUGGAGGUCCAGAUUCAAACCGUCACUCAAGCCAAGGAAGUAAUCCAAGGGCAAGUGAAGUGCCUGCAGCUGGAACUGGACACUGAACGGAGCCGGGCAGAGCAGGCACGGGAUGCGGCAGCCAGACAGCUGGCCCAGGCUGAGCAAGAGGAGCAGGCUGCCCUGCAGCAGCUGAAGUCAGCCCAUGAGGAGGAGGUGAACCGGCUCCAGGAGAAAUGGGAGAGAGAGCGCUCCUGGCACCAGCAGGAACUGGAUAAGGCUCUGGAGAGCCUGGAGAGGGAGAAAAUGGAGCUGGAAACGAGGCUGAGGGAACAGCAGGCAGAAACGGAGGCCAUGCGGACACAGAGGGCAGAAGAACAGGCCGAGGCCGAGAGCGCCCUGUGCCAGAUGCAGCUUGAAACAGAGAAGGAGAGGGUGUCCCUCCUGGAGACACUGCUGCAGACCCAGAAGGAGCUGGCAGAUGCCAGCCAACAACUGGAGCGGCUGAGGCAGGACAUGAAGGUUCAGAAGUUAAAGGAGCAGGAGACCACUGGGAUGCUGCAGACCCAGCUCCAGGAGGCUCAGCGGGCACUGCAGCAGGCAGCCCAGCAGCACAAAGACAGCCUCGCUGCCCUCCAGGAAGAGGCCGGCACCCUGCUGCGGGAUAAGAUAGACCUGCAGAAGCAGGUGGAGGACUUGAAGUCUCAGCUGGUUUCCAAGGAAGACUCCCAGAGGUUGGUGGACCAGGAGGUUCAGGAGAAGCUGAGAGAGGCCCAGGAGUGUUGCCGAAUUCAGAAGGAGCUGGAGAGAGAGAAAGCCAGCCUGACUCUGUCGCUGGCGGAAAAGGAACAGAGACUCCUUGUUUUACAAGAGGCUGACUCUGUUCGACAGCAAGAGCUGAGCUCCUUGCGCCAGGACAUGCAGGAGGCCCAGGCAGGGCAGAAAGAGCUCAGCGCCCAGGUGGAAUUACUGAAGCAGGAGGUGAAGGAAAAGGAGGCUGACUUUCUGGCCCAGGAAGCACAGCUGCUGGAGGAGCUAGAGGCAGCUCGAGUAACAGAACAGCAGCUACAAGCUUCCUUGUGGGCCCAGGAAACCAAGGCAGCCCAACUACAGCUGCGACUGCGCAGCACGGAGAGCCACCUGGAGGCCCUGGCAGCGGGACAGCAGCCUGGGCACCAGGCCCAGGUCCAGCUGGCCAGCCUCUGUUCUGUCUUGCAGCAGGCCCUGGGGUCUCCUUAUGAGAGGGGGCUUGAGCUGAGUGGUGGGGGAGACUCGGCUUCCUCCCUCUGGGGCCCUGAGCCAGACCAGAAUGGAGCUAGGAUCCUCUUUAAGAGAUGGCCCCUGCAGACUGCUCUCUCAGCUGAGGCGGUAGCGUCUGCCCUCCAGAAGCUUCACCAAGACCUGUGGAAGACACAGCGGGCCCGGGAUGAUCUGAGGGAUCAGGCCCGGAAGCUGGAACAGCGUCUCACUGAUACAGAGGCUGAGAAGAACCAGAUCCACACAGAGUUGCAGGCUCUGCAGAGACAGCUCUCCCAGAACCAGGAAGAGAAAUCCAAGUGGGAAGGAAAACAGAACUCCCUAGAAUCUGAGCUGAAGGAGCUGCGUGAAACUGUGACAUCCUUCCAGAGUCGCCUACGGCAAGCAGAGCUCCAGGGAAUAGAAGCCCAGAAUGAGCGAGAGUUACUGCAGGCAGCCAAGGAGAACCUGACUGCCCAGGUGGAACAUCUCCAAGCAUCUGUGGCAGAAGCCAGGGCUCAGGCAGGCGCUGCCGGGGUCCUGGAGGAAGACCUGAGAACUGUGCGCUCAGCACUGAAACUGAAAAUCGAGGAGGUGGAGAGUGAGCGCAAGCGAGCCCAGGCCCUGCAGGAGCAGGGCAAGCUGAAGGUGGCCCAGGGGAAGGCUUUGCAGGAGAAUCUGGCUCGCCUGGCCCAGACCCUGUCUGAAAGAGAAGAGGAGGUGGAGACUCUGCAGGGAAAAAUCCAGGCGCUGGAGAAGCAAUGGGAAAUGCAAAAGGCUGCUUUGGAAGUGCUGUCCCUGGACCUGAAGAAGAGGACCCAAGAGGUGGAUCUGCAGCGAGAACGGAUCCGGGAGCUGGAGGAGUGUAGGUCUGUUCUAGAGCAUCUCCCCGUGGCCGUCCAGGAGCAAGAGCAGAAGCUGACUCUGCAGAGGGAGCAGAUCAAGGAGCUUGAGAAGGACCAGGAGGCGCAGAGGAACAUCUUGGAGCAUCAGCUUCUGGAACUUGAGAAGAAGGCCCAAGUGAUUGAGUCCCAGGAAGGACAGAUUGAGGACCUGAAGAAGCAGCUGGUUACCAUGGAACGCCUGGCCCUGGACCUAGAGGAAAACCAUCACAAAGUGGAAUGCCAGCAAAAGGCGAUCAAGGAGCUGGAGGGCCAGAGGGAAAUGCAGAGGGUGGCUCUGACCCACCUUACACUGGACCUGGAGGAGAGGAGCCAGGAGCUGCAGAUGCAGGGCAGCCAGAUCCAGGAGCUGGAGAGCCAGAGCACCCUCCUGGCAAGAGAACUCCAGGAGAAGGACCAGGAGGUGACGUCCCAGCAAGACCAGAUCAAGGAGCUGCAGAGGCAGAAAGAGCAUCUGACUCAGGACCUGGAGAGGAGGGAGCAGGACAUGGUGCUGCUGAAGGAAAGGAUUCAGGUCCUGGAAGAUCAGAGGACCCUGCAGACCAAGAUCCUGGAGGAGGACCUGGAGCAGAUCAAGCUGUCCUUGAGAGAACGGGGCCGGGAGCUGGCCUCUCAGAGGUGGCUGAUGCAGGAGCGGGCAGAGGAAGGGAAGGGCCAGAGUAAAGCUCAGCGAGGGAGCCUGGAGCACAUGAAGCUGAUCCUGCGCGAUAAGGAGAAGGAGUUGGAAUGCCAGCAGGAGCGUAUCCAGGAGCUUCAGGAGCACAAGGACCAGCUGGAGCAGCAGCUCCAGGGCCUACACAGGAAGGUGGGGGAGACCAGCCUACUCCUGACCCAGCGGGAGCAGGAGAUAGUGGUCCUGCAGCAGCACCUGCAGGAAGCCAGGGAGCAGGGGGAGCUGAAAGAGCAGGCACUUCCGGGUCGGCUGGAUGAGGCCCAGAGGGCCCUGGCCCAGGGUGCCCGGGAGCUCGAGGCCCUGCAGCACCAGCAGCAGCAGCAGGCCCAGGGCCAGGAGGAGAGCGUGAAGGAACAGGCGGGCUCACUGCAGCAAGCUCUGGAGCAGGCCCACGCCACACUGCAGGAGUGCCAGGCUGAGCUGGAGGACCACAAGGAACACGCGCAGAGGCUCCAGGAAGAGCUGGCAGUGGAGAGACAGCGGGUCCAGGCCCUGGAGGAGGUGCUGGGUGACCUAAGGGCUGAGUCUCGGGAGCAGGAGAAGGCUCUGCUGGCCCUCCAGCAACAGUGCGCCGCGCAGGCCCAGGAGCAUGAGGCGGAGGCCAGGACCCUGCGGGACAGCUGGCUGCAGGCCGAGGUGAUGCUCCAGGAACGGGACCGGGAGCUGGAGGCCCUCCGGGCAGAUGGCCAGUCCUCCCAGUGUCGGGAGGAGGCUGCCAGGGUCCAGGCUGAGGCUCUGCAGAAGGCCCUCAGCAAGGCUCAGGCCACCCUGCAGGAGAAAGAGCAGCAUCUCCUUGGGCAGGCGGAGCUGAGCCACAGCCUGGAGGCCAGCACGGCCACCUUGCAGGCUGCCCUGGACUCCUGCCAGGCACAAUCCCGGCAGCUGGAGGAGGCCCUGAGGAAGCGGGAAGGUGAGAUCGAGGACCAGGACCUCCGACACCAGGAGGCCGUGCGGCAGCUCCAGGAGGCACUUGCCCAGAGGGAUGAAGAGCUGAGACACCAGAGGAGGCAGGGACAGCUCCUGGAGAAGCCUCUGGCCCAGCGGGGCCUAGAGGAUGUGACCCAAGAGAAGCAGGAGCCAAGGCACGAGAGAGAAGAGGAAGAGACGAGGGGCCUUCGUGAGAGCCUAAGGCAGCUACGGUGGACUCUAGCCCAAAAGGAAGAGGAGAUCCUGGAGCUGAGGGAGGCUCGGCCAAGGAAGGGUCUGGAGGACUCGCCCCGCAGCCACAGAGCCUCCCCAGGGGAGAAGCCGUCUUCCACACUUGAUUCCUCAGCGCCCACGCUGCAGCGGGAGCUGGAGCGACUACAGGUGGCCCUGAGGCAGACGGAGGCCAGGGAGAUCGAGUGGAGGGAGAAGGCCCAGGACCUGGCACUGUCCCUGGCCCAGAGCAAGGCCAGCGUCAGCAGUCUGCAGGAGGUAGCCCUGUUCCUGCAAGCCUCUGUCCGGGAGCGGGACUCGGAACAGCAGAGGCUGCAGGAUGAGUUGGAGCUCAGCAGACAAGCUCUGGAGAAGGAGCGACUCCACAACCCAGGCCUGACCAGCCGAGCAGAACGGGGGCCCAGAGGAGACCCCGGCGCCCAGCUGGGAGAGGUCUCGGGGGCGAAGACUGAGCCGAGUCCUGAGGUGGAGGAGAAGCAGCUCUGGGAGCAGAGGCUUGAACACCUGCAGCGAGCGGUGGCGCGGCUGGAGGUUGACCGAAGCCGACUGCAGCACUACAAUGCCCAGCUGCGGACCACCCUGGAGCAGGUGGAGCGAGAGCGGAGGAAACUGAAGAGGGAUUCCCUGCGAGCAUCGCGGGCGGGCGUCCUGGAGAGCGGUGAAGCCACGGCACCGUCACCCACCCAGCAGGAUGGAAGAGGAGGACAGAAGGGCUCCUCAGAUGCCAGGCACGUGGCUGAACUGCAGAAAGAGGUGGCCCUGCUGCGAGCCCAGCUGGCCCUGGAGCGGAAGCAGAAGCAGGACUACAUCGCCCGCUCAGUACAGACGAGCCGUGAGCUGGCGGGCCUGCACCACAGCCUCUCUCACUCCCUCCUCGCCGUGGCCCAGGCCCCAGAGGCCACUGUCCUGGAGGCCGAGACCCGAAAGCUGGAUGAGUCUCUGACUCAAAGCCUGACAUCCCCUGGGCCGGUCCUGCUGUGCCCCAGCCCCAGCGCUGCUCAAGGCGCCUCCAGGUAGCAGCUGCAGCAAGGGCAGGACACGGGCCAGCCUGGGAGCACACAGACAGACAGAAGGCCGUAGAGCGGGUCGUGGCCCCUCCACACAGCUGCUGUUUGCCAAAGAAAAUUCUGACUCUGUUACCUAGCCUGGGAGCCCCAGGUCAGCUGGCAUUCCCCGGAAGAGGGAGGGAAAGCUGCAAGGCUGGGGGAAGGCCCUGACUCACAUGGGAAUGAGGCACAUCACACUUGCUGCCGGCCUGCAGUCACCCAGAGAGCGCCUUUCCCUGGCCAAGGGGCGUCUGCUGCCUCUCGCCUAGAACUCAUCAUCCAGCACUUCACCCUCUCGGACACCACCCCCUCCAGCAAUAAACCCUGGGUCUUUGCAUUUGUUCUCUGCUGCUGUCUCUACUGUGUAGCUGGGCAACAGCCGUACAUCAAGGGCAUCUAUUAAGGAAGAAUUCACUGAAGAUUCCUGUCAGGUGGCAUGCAUUUGUCAUCUACCUGCAUUCUGAUAGAGAGGGGCUACAGAAGAUACACAAGACAAAGCCCCUGCCCACAGGAAGCUUGAGCCCAAUUGACAAUAACAGGCAGAUGAGUCAGAGACAGUUGUGUGUGCUGCCUAGAAGUGCUGUAGAAAUUCCAGGGGCUGAGGCAGGAAGGUAUGAACUGGCCCUUGGUGGCUGGAGAUGAGUUGGGAGGGUUGCUAAGCAUACUGGUGAGAAGACUGGUUGGCCUUAGCAGGGUGUGUUUGCGCUGAGGGAUGAGUCACGAGGGAGAGGAGGGAGGGCCUUGGGAUCUAGAUUUGAACUCAUGGAUAGUGAUGAACCAUCAUACGUUCUUGACUUAAAACAUGUUCUGGGGACUUCAAAAACACUGAGCUGGCUUUUGGCUAAAGUCAGCCUCUUGAGUUCAGAAGUUCUAUCUGGCUUCAUUCCCCUUCCGCGCUGGGUGAAAGGCCUCGGGGUGUCCCUUUCUGGGCAUAUCAGCUGCAACCGACUGUGGCCCCCUGUAGUCCAGCCAUAGGUCAAGCCAGGAAAGAGGAUGGAGUGUGGCAGGACUUGUCACUUACGGCCUGGCCCUGGUUUAGGCAGUGUACAGGCUUAAGACCUAUUGUUGGCAACUUCCUCAAAGCCUAAGAGAGAACAGUUUUCUUUAAAGAAGCAGGCAUGGGACUUCCCUGGAGGUCCAGUAGGUAAGACUCUGCAGUCCCAAUGCUGGGGGCCCAGGUUCGAUCCCUGGUCAGGG